GAGUUGUUCUCACAUUAUGGCGGAGGGACUAGUUGUUCGAAUGGAUUGUCACUCUCAUUUAAAUGCCUGUUUCGUUUCCUGAUCGCCUGAAUUUUAGUUUUUCAUCAUAUUUCAUUUGUCUUAAAGUAUACUUCAUUACACCGCUUCAACAAUGGCAGACCGGGGAGUGGAUUUGUCUGGUCUACCAAAAGAGGUCAGGGACCAAUUGGCUGAGUUGGAUUUGGAGCUAUCAGAAGGUGACAUCACCCAGAAGGGCUAUGAGAAGAAAAAAGCCAAGCUCCUGGCUCCCUACAUUCCCCAGAUCCAAAAUGUGGAGCCUCACAUUCAGCCCAGUGCAGACCCAACUCCCAGCCCAGACGCCGGACCCUCGGCCUCCUCACGCCACCAUCGCUCACACCGCAGCGGAGGGGCUCGCGAUGACCGCUACAGAUCAGAUAUCCACACAGAGGCGGUGCAGGCGGCGCUGGCGAAGCACAAAGAGGAGAAGAUGGCGCUGCCCAUGCCCACCAAGCGGCGCUCGGCCUUCGUCCAGUCGCCCGUGGACAACUGCACUCCGCCCGACACGUCGUCGGCGUCGGAGGACGAGGGCUCCCUGCGGCGGCAGGCGGCGGUGAGCGCGGCGCUGGUCCAGAGCCUGCAGAGCCCCGACUACUGGAUCAACCGCUCGCUCCAGGGCUCGUCCACCUCCUCGUCCGCCUCCUCCACGCUCUCGCACGGCGAGCCCAAGAGCCAGAACCAGAGCCAGAACCAGAGCCAGAACGCGGGCAACCCGCCCGCCCCCAACGCCCUGGCCGACGUGCUGGCACACACACGCUUAGCGGAGAUCAGCAGCGUGCCCCCUGACGUGACCUCCACCACGCAGCAGGACCGGGGCUCGCGGGUGGACGUGCCCCCCGUGCGCGGCAUGAGCCGGGGGCAGAGCCGCGCCAGCAUGAUGGAGACGGCAGACGGAGUCCCGGUGAACAGUAGAGUGUCCACUAAGAUCCAGCAGCUGCUCAACACGCUCAAGAGGCCCAAGCGGCCGCCACUCAGCGAGUUCUUCCUGGACGACGCGGAGGAGAUCGUGGAAGUGCCCCGGCCAGACCCCAGCACGCCCAGGCCCGAGGGGCGCCAGAUCAUCCCAGUGAAGGGUGAGCCCCUGGGCGUGGUCAGCAACUGGCCCCCGGCCCUGCAGGCAGCGCUGGCCCGCUGGGGGGCCACCCAGGCCAAGAGCCCCGCCCUCACCACGCUGGACAACACCGGCAAGCCCAUCUACACCCUCACCUACGGCAAGCUGUGGAGUCGCAGUCUGAAGCUGGCCUACACGCUCCUCAACAAGCUGGGCACCAAGAACGACCCCGUCCUCAAGCCUGGCGAUCGGGUGGCGCUGGUCUAUCCCAACAAUGACCCGGGCAUGUUCUGGGUGGCGUUCUAUGGCUGUCUGCUGGCAGAGGUCAUUCCUGUGCCAAUCGAGGUGCCACUCACUCGCAAGGACGCAGGAAGUCAGCAGAUUGGCUUCCUGUUGGGCAGCUGUGGCGUGGGAUUGGCUCUGACCAGUGAGGUGUGCCUCAAAGGCCUUCCCAAGACCCCCAAUGGAGAGAUCCUGCAGUUCAAAGGAUGGCCAAGGCUCAAGUGGGUUGUCACGGACACAAAGUACCUGACCAAACCCUCCAAAGACUGGCAGCCCCACAUCCCCACAGCCAACACUGAUACCGCAUACAUAGAGUACAAGGCCAGUAAGGAGGGCACAGUUAUGGGCGUGGCUGUUUCGAAGAUUUCAAUGUUGACACACUGCCAGGCUCUCACACAGGCCUGCAACUACUGUGAAGGGGAGACGCUGGUGAACGUGCUGGACUUCAAGAAGGACAUGGGUCUGUGGCACGGCGUCUUAACGAGUGUCAUGAACCGCAUUCACACCAUCAGUGUCCCCUAUGCCGUCAUGAAGGCCUGUCCCCUGUCCUGGGUCCAGAGAGUUCAUAUCCACAAAGCUCGUGUGGCCCUGGUUAAAUGUCGAGACCUUCACUGGGCUAUGAUGGCCCACCGGGAACAGAGAGACACCAACCUGGCGUCACUGCGCAUGCUGAUCGUGGCGGACGGAGCCAACCCAUGGUCAGUGUCUUCGUGCGACGCCUUCCUGAACGUGUUCCAGUCCCACGGGCUGAAGCCAGAGGUCAUCUGUCCCUGUGCCUCGUCCCCAGAGGCCCUGACCGUGGCCAUCCGCCGGCCUGGUGUGCGUGGGGCUCCUCUCCCGGCGAGGGCGAUCUUGUCGAUGACCGGCCUGAGUCACGGGGUGAUCCGGGUCAACACCGAGGACAAGAACUCGGCCCUCACCGUGCAGGACGUGGGUCAUGUCAUGCCAGGAGCACUGAUGUGUAUUGUGAAGCCAGACGGGCCGCCCAUGCUGUGCAAGACGGAUGAGAUCGGUGAGAUUGUGCUGAACUCCCGGGCAGGAGGCACUAUGUACUACGGCCUGCCUGGAGUCACCAAGAACACGUUUGAGGUGAUCCCAGUGAACUCCAGUGGUGCUCCCAUCGGGGAGAUCCCCUUCACCCGUACUGGCCUGCUCGGCUUCGUAGGGCCGGGCAGCCUGGUGUUCGUGGUGGGGAAGAUCGAGGGGCUGCUGAUGGUCAGCAGCCGGCGGCACAAUGCAGACGAUCUCGUGGCCACGGCGCUGGCCGUGGAGCCAGUCAAGACUGUUUACCGCGGGAGGAUUGCUGUGUUCUCGGUCACUGUGUUCUACGACGAGAGGAUCGUCAUCGUGGCUGAGCAGCGUCCUGACGCCAGUGAGGAGGACAGCUUCCAGUGGAUGAGCCGAGUGCUGCAGGCCAUAGACAGCAUCCACCAGGUGGGCCUGUUCUGCCUGGCACUGGUGCCCGCCAACACGUUACCCAAGACACCGCUGGGUGGCAUCCAUGUGUCGGAGACCAAGCAGCACUUCCUGGAGGGCUCCCUCCACCCCUGCAACAUCCUCAUGUGCCCCCACACCUGUGUGACCAACAUGCCCAAACCACGACAGAAACAGCCAGUUGGUGUUGGUCCUGCCUCCAUCAUGGUGGGGAACCUAGUGGCAGGGAAGAGAAUCGCCCAAGCGGCAGGCCGUGAGCUGGGGCUGAUCGAGGACCAGGACCUGGUGAGGAAGCACCAGUUCUUGUCGGAAGCCUUGCAGUGGAGAGCUCAGACUGACCCAGACCACGUCCUUUAUGUGCUGCUCAAUGCCAAGGGGGUGGCGGUAAGCACGGCCUCAUGUUUGCAGCUUCACAAACGGGCAGAGAAGGUGGCCGCAGCACUGAUGGAGCGAGGAGGCAUCAAUACAGGAGACAACGUGGUGCUACUCUAUCCUCCUGGUAUUGACCUGAUCUCCUCCUUCUACGGCUGCCUGUAUGCGGGCUGUGUCCCGGUGACGGUGCGGCCGCCUCACCCUCAGAACCUGGCCGCCACGCUGCCCACUGUGCGCAUGAUCAUCGACGUCAGUAAAGCUGCCUGUAUCCUCACCACUCAACUCCUCAUGAAGAUCCUCAGGUCCAAAGAAGCUGCCGCCAGCGUCAACAUCAAGACGUGGCCCACCAUCAUAGACACAGAUGAUCUGCCCAGGAAGCGGCCCCCCCAGCUCUACAAGCCCCCCACUGCCGAGAUGCUGGCCUACCUGGACUUCAGCGUGUCCACCACCGGCAUGCUCACUGGGGUGAAGAUCUCCCAUGCUGCUGUAAGUGCUCUGUGCCGCUCCAUAAAGCUCCAGUGUGAGCUGUACUCCUCACGACAAGUCGCCAUCUGCCUGGACCCCUACUGUGGCCUUGGCUUUGUGCUGUGGUGCCUGUCCAGUGUGUACUCAGGUCAUCAGUCCAUCCUGAUCCCCCCAAUGGAGCUGGAGAGCUCUCUGGCUCUGUGGCUCAGCACACUCAGCCAGUACAAGAUCCGGGACACCUUCUGCUCCUACUCCGUCAUGGAGCUGUGCACCAAAGGCCUGGGCACCCAGACAGAGAUCCUGAAGGCGCGGGGCGUGAAUCUGUCGUGUGUGCGGAGCUGUGUGGUGGUGGCCGAGGAGCGUCCCCGGCUGGCCCUGUCUCAGUCCUUCUCCAAACUGUUCAAGGACCUGGGCCUCUCCCCACGCGCCGUCAGCACCGCCUUCGGCUCCAGAGUCAACCUGGCCAUCUGCCUGCAGGGAACAGCAGGACCUGACCCCUCCACGGUCUACGUGGACAUGAAGUCUCUCCGACACGACAGGGUGAGACUGGUGGAGAGAGGAGCUCCUCAGAGUCUGCCCCUCAUGGAGUCAGGCACAAUCCUUCCCGGAGUGCGGGUGAUCAUUGUGAAUCCAGAAACCAGAGGGCCCCUGGGCGACUCCCAUCUUGGAGAGAUCUGGGUGACCAGCCCCCACAGUGCCAGUGGCUACUACACCAUCUACGGAGAGGAGAGCCUGCAGGCUGACCACUUCAACACGCGCCUCAGCUUCGGGGAGACGCACACCCUGUGGGCGCGCACCGGAUACCUGGGCUUCGUCAGGAGGACCGAGCUGCUGGACGCCAGUGGAGAUCGGCACGAUGCUCUGUUUGUGGUGGGCUCCCUGGAUGAGACCCUGGAGCUGAGAGGACUGCGCUACCACCCCAUCGACAUCGAGACCUCCGUGUCCCGAGCUCACCGCAGCAUCGCAGAGAGUGCUGUGUUCACCUGGACCAACCUGCUGGUGGUGGUGUCGGAGCUGGCGGGCUCGGAGCAGGAGGCGCUGGACCUGGUGCCGCUGGUCACCAACGUGGUGCUGGAGGAGCACCACCUGAUCGUGGGCGUGGUGGUCAUCGUGGACCCGGGCGUCAUCCCCAUCAACUCGCGCGGCGAGAAGCAGCGCAUGCACCUGCGCGACUCCUUCCUGGCCGACCAGCUCGACCCCAUCUACGUGGCCUACAACAUGUGAGGCUCCCGGACCAGCCACACCCAUGCAGCCCUCCACCUCCACCACCACCUCCACCACAGCCCUCUCCUGCUGAGGUCUCCCCACCCACCCACCCAAAAAAAAAAAACAAGACUUGCAUCCAUUUUUGCACCAAACUUAUUCUGAAAGGGUGGAGGAUGUCCACGUCUUGCUGUCCGAGGACGAGUGCUCACACCCACCCACCCACCCACACGCAUACACACACUUUAACACACAAUCAAGUGGCCUCUCUUGCGCUUCCUGGUCUGUGGUGUGCUAGGGUGGGGUGUUUGGGCGCAGGAGGGAGGCUCUGCCUGCCCCCCCCCUCUGCCCCCCGCCCCCCAGACGCGCUCUCGCUCUCGGCCUGCCGAGCAUGUGAACUUAGACAGCCAUGGUAGGACCACUACCUCGGCCUGGCUGUGGUGCUGUUGUGACCUACGGUCCAAACAAAAAAACAAAAACAAAAACAAAAACAAAAAAUCAAAUCCAGCGUAACGCAACGUAACAAUAAACAAAACAACACACAAACAAAACAAUAAACGGCCCCCCCCUGUCCAUGAUGGAGCCCAGGGAUGGAAAGACUAAAACUAAUGAAGCAGCACAAAAGCACAGACGUGAGGAUGGGGGGGCCAUGGUGCUUCUCCCCCCCCCCCCCCCCCCCUUCAACAUUCAUUUCCUGGUCCAUGGGCACACUGGAAGGUUCCUUCACCAUCGGUCACUCUCUCUCCAUGCUCCACACAUCUCCCUUCACUGCCCGGGGCUGCGCCCUUUUGAAGUAGAUACAAGGGUGUCCUGUCCCAGCCGUUCUGAUUGAGAACACUGUGUGCAAAAUAUGCUCCCAUCUCCUCCACCACGUCGCUAGCUACAGUAGUCUGUCACAUGAGUCAGGGCAGCAAGAUGGACUUAGAAACAGGAAACUGCUCCUCCGUUCCUCCAUCUUAUGGGGCAGCUUAACAUAUAUAUAUAUAGGGGCAGAGUCAUUGUCAUUCUUACCUUCUUUUUCAAGACAUUUAGAAGAUCACCAGCAACUUUUUGGCUGUACUCUACUGGCAGUCCUGCAAAGCUGUUAACUGACAUGCCUAACAUGUAUGUCUUCACACCAGUCAUGUUCUUGAUUUGCAUCCAUACAUUGGUGAAAUAUAGCACAGCUUUGUUUUUUUUUUGUUUUGUUUUGUUUUUUUUGCCGGUCAUGAUGCAAUGUACAGCGCUCAGAACUUAAUUCAGUGGGGGAGUUUCAUUUGUCACUGGUCUUUUACUCCUCUUGCAGAUCUGGAUAUUGGCAUUGUACUGCGAGAGUUAUAUGCAUUUAAACUGGUGGCAGAAGGAGCCCUAUACAAACAUGCUAUUUGACAACUCCAUGCCUUAUCAAACCUGUGGAACUUUUGGUUUUUAGUUGUUUUUAAUCUUGCAUUGCUGUAUGUAAACUGUAUACUGAAAAGGGAUUUUAGAGUGAUGGUUUUACUGAAGGUAUUGGUUUUUAUAUUUUUAGUGUUCUCGUUUAUGUCUCACUGAUGUUACUGUAUAAUCAAGUGGACAUAUUCUUUAUGUCUAUAAAAACUUGACUGAUCUCUCAUACUUGAUAGCAAUUCUCUGCAUCACCGCUUAGGGUUAAAGUAACCUGGUCCAUGUUGGAAAAAAGUAACAAUUUGCACUUUCCCCCAUCAGCUAAACUAUUGCAUGUGUUCUUGAAAAAGUAUUUGCAGUUGCUUCUGUUAAUUUAGGAGAUGGGGAACAAAAAGUAUGAGAAAAUAAAAUGUGUACAUAUAUAUUUUCCGUUCCACAAAGCCUGUGUACAGUACAUAUAUAUUUUGUCCCACAAAGCCUUUUUCUUAUCUUUUUGUCCCUACCACAUUCAGUGCAGGUAUGUGGUUGUAAUUUACAUUUCAGGGUAUCUUCAAUAACUCAAUGCCUCCUAUGAGAUGGCCUUUGUCACUCACUGUACUUAACUGUUUAUACUGUACUGCCUCAAGAUGCGGCGAGUCAAAUACAGAAAUACAGGCCACAGCUUACAUCUACAUUUACGUUAGUUAUUUGUAAACAGUGAUAAGGUAUGUGUACUGUAAAAACCAUAUCAGUCCCGAGACUAACCAAUCCUACUUUCUUUUUUUUUUUUUUUAACGAAGAGCUGCUAAUAGCCCCCAACAGUUUGUCACCGCCGCCCAUCAAGAGCCCUAAAGAUCGAAUGGGUGGGUUAACUGCUGUUCAGUCAAAUUCCAUUCACGAGUUGAUGAGGCCCUUUCAUAUCACUGUUUCGAAUAGAUACAAUUUGUAAUGUGGGGGGUAAUGCUAGAUUUAAUUUAAAUGCCAAGCUGAUCUAUGCCAAUACAUAGAUUUAAAUAAAUGUAUUGAAUACAA